UCCCGCGGCCCCACCCCGGCGGCGCCGCCCGCCCGCCCGCGCGUCCCUCCGUCCACCUGCAGCAGCUGGGAGGUAGACGACUUCUUCGCUGGCCGACCGAGAGGCGUUUGCCCAGCCCAGCCGAGUGAGGCGUGCGGUCUGGGUCCCCGGCGGAGGGAUCCGAGGCGGCAAAGGAGGCGGCGCCGACCCAGGAGGAAGAGGCAGCGACGGCGGCGGCUAGGGAGGCAGCGCAUAAAGGGGCCGCCGCCGGGUGAUGCGGUGAACGCUGCGGCAGGCCCAGAAGUCUUGCGGGCCCGGAAGCUGUGCGGGCCAGAAGCCGUGUGGGCCCUGGCCCUCAGCCCGUCCCGCCGGACCCGUGCUCUCGAACUUCCCAUCUGGUCCGCGACCGCGGAGGCAGUCUCAGGCCCCCUAGUCCCUUCCCCGUCCCUCCCCCGCCCCCGUCCCCACCCCGGGGGGCCGCCGCCACCCGCCUCCCACCAUGGCUCUGAAGAGAAUCCACAAGGAGUUGAAUGAUCUGGCACGGGACCCACCAGCACAGUGUUCAGCAGGUCCUGUUGGAGAUGAUAUGUUCCAUUGGCAAGCUACAAUAAUGGGACCAAAUGAUAGUCCCUAUCAGGGUGGAGUAUUUUUCUUGACAAUUCAUUUCCCAACAGAUUACCCCUUCAAACCACCUAAGGUUGCAUUUACAACAAGAAUUUAUCAUCCAAAUAUUAACAGUAAUGGCAGCAUUUGUCUUGAUAUUCUACGGUCACAAUGGUCUCCUGCACUAACUAUUUCAAAAGUACUCUUGUCCAUCUGUUCUCUGUUGUGUGAUCCCAAUCCAGAUGAUCCUUUAGUGCCUGAGAUUGCUCGGAUCUACAAAACAGAUAGAGAAAAGUACAACAGAAUAGCUCGGGAAUGGACUCAGAAGUAUGCGAUGUAAUUAAAAGAAAUUAUUGGAAAACCUCUACAAAUAAAGAUAGGGGAACUCUGAAAGAGAAAGUCCUUUUGAUUUCCAUUUGACUGCUUUCUAUGAGCCCACGCCUCAUCUUCCCCUGUGCACAUGUUUACCUGAUACAGCAGUGCUGCGUGUUGUACAUACUUGGAAACAACAAACUAGAAAUACUGUACUUCUGUACCAACAUUGCCUCCUAGCAGAGAAGUGUGUGUGUGACAAGCCGGUUCUUCAGGCAGAACCUAGGUGUGAGACUAAAAAGCUUUCCUUAUUGACUUAAAUUUGGAUAACAGCAAGGUGUGACAGGUGGUGGGUACAUGUGUGUGCAUGGAUGGGGAAAAGCUCCACUGACCUGUAGGAGGUUGUUUUUAAGUGGAAUCUGUUUAUAUGCAAAAACAGUUACAAAAAGCAAGGUGAAGAACAUGAAGCUGUUUCUGUAUUCAUUUUAUUCUGAAGGACCUUCAACUUAGGUGAAAGUUAUGACCAACCAGAUUAAAUUCUACCCAUAUCCUGUAUUUUAAGCUCUAAGUUUAACUGGUCAACAUUUAAAUUAUUGGAGCUACUAGUACAUAAAGUGUGAUGGGCUUUGUUCCCAACUCUUACAUCUCUCUGCCCCUUUGUCCUUUUAGCUCCUUUCUCUCCAUAUUCUUUGGUUUGUAUGUGGUUUCUCAGUUAAUACAUAGCUAAUAGCUCUUAUUUUUCUUGUUUUUAACUGCUUAGGUCUAUUUGGAUGUAAGGGUGAAAAUUCAUUUGAUGGAAAUACUUGUGUAUAUUUAAAGACCCAGUUGCUCCUCUGGAGCUU